UCAAAAUUAGAACAACCAAAUUCUGCAUUCUGUCGAAAAUUAAUAAACAUUAGGAAAAUCCAGUCUUCUCUCUUUCUGUCUCUUAACUUUCCAAUUUCCCUCCCCCGCCCGGAUCUCUCACUCUCUUCACGAAAUCCUUUCAUGCUGUCACGUUCGUCUUGAAAGUGACAUCUUAAUUUGGCCCUUUAUUUUUUUAAUCUUCUUUUUGUUGCUUAAAAUCGGCGCAAAAAGAAGAACUUUAAAAGGGAGGAGUUUGCAGAGAGGGCGUGGGAGAUCUGCAUUGAGUUUCGUAUCCUUUAAGGUAAUUUUUGCGAGGAAUGGGAAAGAAAGGAGGCUGGUUUUCGGCGGUGAAGAAGGUCCUCAGCUCAGAUUCAAGUGAGAAGAAGGAUAAGAAGAAACAUAAAUCAAGAAGAUGGUUUGGGAAGCAAAAGGAAGUGGAUGCCGCACCGCCUACAGAACCUGCAGCAGCAACUCCCAUGGACGAGGAAGAGAAGGAGAAGGGGGAUCAGAGGGUGGAGGUGGAGGUGGAGGAGGAGGAGGAGGUGGCGGUGGUCUCCUCUACCUUGCAAGAAAUGGAAUUGGCUGAAGCUGAGAUUGAACAGAACAAACAUGCUUACUCUGUUGCUCUUGCCACAGCUGUAGCUGCAGAAGCAGCUGUUGCAGCAGCUAAGGCUGCUGCAGAGGUUGUUCGGCUCACAGCUGUAGCUCAUUAUCCUGGGAAAUCAAAGGAAGAGAUUGCAGCUAUCAAGAUCCAGACUGCUUUUCGUGGAUACAUGGCAAGAAGGGCUUUGCGGGCUUUAAGAGGAUUAGUGAGAUUGAAGACUAUGAUUGAAGGGCAGUCUGUGAAACGUCAGGCAACAACUACCUUAAGAUGCAUGCAGACCCUAGCGCGUGUCCAGUCUCAGAUUCGUGCAAGAAGAAUCAGAAUGUCAGAGGAGAAUGAAGCUCUCCAGCGACAGCUACAGCAGAAGCGUGAAAAAGAGAUUGAGAAGUUGAGAGUAUCUAUUGGGGGGGAUUGGAAUGACAGCAGGCAAUCUAAGGAAGAGCACGAAGCGAGAAUGCAGAGCAAGCAGGAAGCUGCUAUUAGGAGAGAGAGGACAUUGGCUUAUGCAUAUUCUCACCAGCAAACAUGGAGGAACAAUACAAAAUCUACAAACCAGACAUUCAUGGAUCCGAACAAUCCGCAUUGGGGAUGGAGUUGGUUAGAACGUUGGAUGGCUGCAAGGCCUUGGGAAGCAAAGACAGCUGUUGAGAAAGAACUUGACAGUGACCAUAUUUCAGUUAAGAGCACAGCCACGCAGUCAGCUUCUGUGGGGGAUUUCCGCUCAUACCAUGAUGAUAUCAAGCCUUCUCCAUCUGCUAAGAGAAGAAGUCGCCCUCCAAAUCAUCAUCAAUCACCUUCAACGCCCCAAUCCAAGGCCGGAACAUCAUCACAGCGUGCAGGAAGACUAAGAUCUCCAAGUGUAAAAGGAAGUGACCGAGGAAUGGAUGAAGACACAAGAAGCUUAUACAGUGCUCAGUCAGAAUUUCAGAGGAGGCAUAGUAUAGCAGGUUCUUCUGUGAGGGAUGACGAGAGCUUUACAAGCUCGCCGGCAGUUCCUAGUUACAUGGCUCCUACACAUUCAGCUAAGGCUAAAUCCAGGUUGCAUAGUCCAUUGUCUUCAGAAAAGAUUGGUACACCAGAUAAGGGUUCGACUAGUUCUACAAAGAAAAGGCUAUCUUUCUCGACGCCCCCUGCCGCUUCAAGGAGGCACUCGGGUCCACCUAAGAUGGAUUCUAGCUCUAUUAAGGACCUCAUGACAUGAUCAAUUAUUUAUAAUGGAAGGGGUUUCUGAAUUAUGGUAGCGGUCUGAAAUGAGAGUGUACAUUUAGGCAAUAAUUUAGUGGUGUUACAUAUGCAGAUGAUGGAUUUGGAGUGUGUAGAUUAUAUAUAGUGAUCUAAAUUAGUGAUCUUAGGUGUGUCUGGUGGUAAUGCAUUGAUUGGAUUCUUUAAUUGCUUCAUGAAGAUCUCAAAAGAUGGGAUUGGGAAUGCUUUGAUUGUAUUAGUUGUUCUUUUCUCAUUUGUUUACCAUGAAGGUGUGAUUUAACUUUCUGACCAUUUUUUCAGUGAGAGGUAUACUGCAGUUCUGCUUGCUGGUGUACAUUUUUCUGUAAAGUUUUAAUCUUUGUGAAGAAUGAACUUAUGAUUAUAGAAAGGUUUUACUGAGC